AGUGCUCACAAGCCACCAGCCAGGGGCUAUAAAGGGCACUGCGAGGGGAGCCAGCACAGCCGCCCGGACGCCCGGUGACCUGUGGAGACCGUGAGCUCAGAGCCCUGGAGAUGAAGGCCCUGCUCCUGACGGCCGUGCUCGGCCUGGUCGCUGCCCUGUCCUUGGCCCAGGAGGAGCAAGACUUUUCAGGGACCUGGUAUGUGAAGGCCGUGGUGAUGGGCAGGGACAUGCCAGAGGAGAUGAGGUCCAAGCAGAUGUCCCCUGUGAGAGUGACAGCCCUGGAAGGUGGAGACCUGGAAGUCACAAUCACCUUCGUAAAGAACAAUCAGUGCGUCCAGAAGAAGGUCCUGAUGCAGAAAACCGACGAGCCCGGCAAAUUCCGCACCUAUGACGGCAAGAAGCUGCUCUACGCGCAGGAGCUGCCGGGGACGGGCCACUUCGUGUUCUACUGUGACAACCGGCACCAGGGGAAGCUGUUCCACAUGGCACGGCUCUUGGGUAGAGAUUCCGCUACGAACGUAGAGGCCUUGGAAGAGUUCAAGAGAUUCGUGCAGGGCAAGGGGUUCCUGGAGGAGGACAUCUUCACGCCUGCACAGACGGAAAACUGCAUUCCUGAACGACACUAGGCAGCCCCUGGGCCUGCACCACUGGAGCCCACCCCGCUGCCUGACAGAGCCCCCCGCCCGCUGGACCUGCCCCUCCACCACCACCC